UGGGAAAUAGCACCAGAGUGGGACAUCUGUCAAGAAAACUUUGCACAGCAAUGGAUGGCAAAGCUGUUGCUGUCGCUUUGGUUCUCUAUCUGGUCUCAAUGGCAGGGUCAGAAGGUAAGGCCCCGGAGAAGACCAACGAAAAAGGCUCCCAGUGCCAGUGCAUAAGCACCCAUUCCACGUUCAUCCCCCCUAAGACAGUUCAGGAUGUGAGACUGAGCCAAAGAAGACCUCACUGCAAAAAUGUGGAAAUCAUAGCUACUCUGAAGGAUGGCAGGGAAGUGUGUUUGGAACCCACCGCGCCCUGGGUCCGGCUCACUGUAAAGGCUCUGCUGGCCAGGGCCAGGGACAAUACUGAGCCACCGGUGCGAGAGAAGUCAAGGAAAAAUACACCUUGGAGUUCUUCAAGGAUAUGAAAUGAGAGGAAACACUUGCUGAUGAGAAUGCCAAGGAACAGAUCCCCCACCUCUGCUACAUUACUAGAGUUGAUUAUUUUUCUUUUCCUGAGAUAGCUGCUAAAUCUCCAUAUUUCCUUUGCUGUGUCUAUCUCUAAACUUCUGUCUGUGAUGGAUCAAGGAUUCAAGCUUAAUUAAUGUGUUUUAGUGCUGUAAGGAUGAGAAUAAACAAGAUUAAAUUA